AGGUUGUGGAUACACAGUAAAGCUGUAUUGUUUCUCCGCACGAAGCAUUUGUUUCGCAGCCGGGGUCUUUCGAUGUCACGAGCAGCAACGCCCGCGUCACGGUCAUCACGGAGGUAUUCGAACCCUUAUCAGGAUGAUGGGGAAGACUUGCUGGCACCGGGCAUCAACCCGAAGAUUUGGGGCGUCCCCGCUGUGCAGGUGAUCGAGGACCCGUACUCCAAGGCAACAGCCGUGACCCAGUCCGUGGAGCUUGAUGGCAGAGCUCUGAUUCACGCGGUGCCGGCCUUGAAGAACGACAAGGAGGUGGCCUUGAAAGCUGUGCGGGCAGACGGGAGCGCCUUGAUGUUCGUGUCAGACGAGCUGAAGCGCGACAAGGAAGUUGUGCUUGAGGCUGUUCGUGCCGAUGGCGACGCUUUGCGCUUUGCAGACCAGCAGCUCCUGGGGGACAAAGACAUCGCCCUUGCUGCCGUGCAGCGGAACGGCCGGGCACUGCAGCACGUCGCGGUGGAGCUAAGGGACGACGAGGA